GUCGUGUGACGUAGCCGUCAGCUGUUGAAGCCGUCCUGAUGAUUGUUGAGCAGUGAGAUGAGCCGGCAGAGGCUGACCCGUAUACAGCUCUGUGCACCUACCUCAAGCUGGACUUCUGUAUAGCGACUGGGACAGGCUCUGUCUGUACACACUGCUGCACGGGCUAUUGAUCUCGUUAUACAGAAGCUCCAUGUUUACAGAUCCCUCAGCGGGACUUUGCUGACCCCAACACACCACAUUAGCCCUCUCGUCUACCCCUCUACGACUUCACUUCUCACAAGAACCUUCUGAGUACUUCCCCACGGGCCGAUCCAAACAUGUUUCAGCGUCUUACCCGGCUAUUCUUCAGUGAGGGACCAGCCAGCGAACCCGAAGAUCCCAAACUCUUUGUCUCGGAGGAGGAAGAUGAUGGCUGGCUUAUUAUCGAUAUACCAGAAAGCUACACACUAACCUCAAGCAGGGACGAUGUGGCAGAAGGCCAGGAGGACAGUGAUGCUUCCAGCCCCCUGCCACAUUCCUUGGGUGAGAGGAUUGGUUGGUCUAUUCCCCCCCGCCCACCCCACUCGAUGGACGAGAGCUGGUUUGUUACCCCUCCCCCCUGUUUUACUGCAGAGAGUCCCGACCAAAGUGCGGUGGGAAGCAGUCCACUGGAGGACCUCCUCAUAGAACACCCCAGCAUGUCGGUCUACAUCACAAGUGGAAGCAUCGUGGUGGGGCGAGACACCAUUGAAGUCACCAGAGACAGGUCACCGAGUAAAACCAGAGUGGAACGACGCACACCUCAUCAUGCAACCUCCGUUUCUGCCAAAGCCGCCAUCUUGGGGAAAGUGGGUCAAGUCUCACGGAUCCAACGCGCCAAAGCUCAGGUGGAAAGGCGCAAGCAGGGACGUAAAAAUCUUCAAAGGCAGAAUCUGGCACAGGCGAUCCAGGGCCGCAAUGCAAUGCGGCACCGCAACUUCGUGUGCCAACCUAGGCAGCGCCAGCACAACCACUGAACUAUUGGUUUUUAGCUGUUUACAUGAACAAGGGCAUUAUCUAUCCUCAGAAACCCCCGUCCGUCUUGCCUCAUGGUUUGUCAGUACCGUCUCUUGCCUCUACUGUCCCCUACCCUAAGCUCAAGAUCACCAUCACCCUCCUCUCUUGCUGUUUCGGUAUUGAACGUACCCUAUCACAGUGGGGUGUUGUAAGUAGCUAAUGCUGGUAAAGUGAAGAAGGGUGUUGGAAGCUUC